AUGCAGUUGUACUUGCUACUGGGUUUGGUCGCUGUUGUUACUGGUGGAGCGUCAGGGCUGGGGAAAGCCACUGUACAGCGCCUUAUAGAAAACGGAGCGAAAGUCGCAGUGAUAGAUUUGCCAAAUUCAACAGGAGGAGCUUUCUGCGAUGAGCUUGGAAAGGAUUGUCUCUUUACUCCCGCUGAUGUUACUUCCGUGGAUGAGGUCAAAAAAGCUAUGGAAACUGUUAAAACGAAGUUUGGUCGUCUUGAUGCAACCGUGAAUUGUGCUGGAGUGGCUUAUGCCUUCAAAAUAUAUUCUGUUGCUAAAAGACGCAUGUGCGACCUCGAUAAAGUGAAGCGAACUCUUGAUGUUAAUAUAUUUGGCAAUAUCAAUGUGGUCGCACAUUCUCUGGAAGUUAUGGCGGAAAAUAAGAAAGAUGACUCGGGAUUUCGUGGUGUUAUAAUUAAUACUUCUUCGAUAGCUGCUUAUGAUGGACAAGUAGGACAGGUAGCAUACGCUGCUUCUAAAGGGGCAAUUGCCAGCAUGACCUUGCCUUUAGCGCGAGACUUUUCUGAUGAUGGAAUAAGAGUAAUAACAAUAGCUCCUGGAUUGUUCGAUACGCCGUUAUUGGCAUCGCUUCCAGAGAAGGCUCGAAAAUUUCUUUGUGACUUAGUGCCAUGUCCUUCAAGGCUAGGACGACCGGAGGAGUUUGCUGCACUGGUACAGCACUUGAUUGAAAAUCCUUAUAUGAAUGGAGAAGUAGUGCGUAUUGAUGGAGCACUUCGUAUGCCACCGUAG